CCCUCUCCUCCUCUGGUUGCUUCGGAAUCGGUCGGAGGCAGGGAAGGCCGGUCGUCGGAAGUCGUGUUACUGGAAAACAGACCUCCACUCCUCACCCGUGCCCUCCCCCUGGGGGCAGGCACAUUAAAGGAUUAUCCCGGACCCGAACAUUCUGUCGAUGGAGCCGCUCUGCCGCUGAAGGGGGGAAAAGAGUCGGGAAACCGGGAGAAGGGUUGAAUAUUCCAGUGGGGGAAAAAUCCACCGCCAUCAGUGAGGAACCAUGACUGCACAAGUGACUUUGGAGGAUGCCUUAUCCAACGUUGACCUUCUGGAAGACUUACCAUUGCCUGAUCAACAGCCUUGUAUUGAACCACCACCUUCAUCACUUUUGUACCAACCAAAUUUCAACACCAACUUUGAAGAUAGAAAUGCAUUUGUUACGGGAAUUGCAAGAUACAUUGAGCAAGCAACAGUUCAUUCCAGCAUGAAUGAAAUGCUAGAGGAGGGGCAGGAAUAUGCUGUUAUGCUGUAUACUUGGAGAAGUUGUUCAAGAGCUAUUCCUCAGGUUAAAUGCAAUGAACAGCCAAAUAGAGUAGAAAUUUAUGAAAAGACAGUGGAAGUUCUUGAGCCAGAGGUCACUAAGCUUAUGAAUUUCAUGUAUUUCCAGCGCAAUGCAAUUGAUCGGUUUUGUAAUGAAGUGAAGCGACUCUGUCAUACAGAGAGGAGGCGAGAUUUUGUUUCAGAAGCUUAUCUUCUGACACUGGGCAAAUUCAUUAACAUGUUCGCAGUAUUGGAUGAAUUAAAGAACAUGAAAUGCAGUGUGAAAAAUGACCACUCUGCGUACAAACGAGCUGCUCAAUUUCUUCGGAAAAUGUCAGACCCACAAUCCAUACAAGAAUCUCAAAAUCUCUCUAUGUUUCUUGCAAACCAUAACAAAAUUACUCAGUCGCUGCAGCAGCAACUUGAAGGCAUUCCAGGCUAUGAAGAGCUUCUUGCUGACAUUGUAAAUAUUUGCGUUGAUUAUUAUGAGAAUAGAAUGUACCUUACUCCUGGCGAGAAACACAUGCUGCUCAAGGUGAUGGGCUUUGGACUUUACCUUAUGGAUGGAACUGUAAGCAAUAUAUACAAGCUUGAUGCCAAGAAGCGAAUAAACUUGAACAAGAUUGACAAAUUUUUUAAGCAAUUGCAGGUGGUGCCUUUAUUUGGUGACAUGCAGAUCGAGUUGGCCAGGUACAUCAAAACAAGUGCUCAUUAUGAGGAAAACAAAUCAAGAUGGGCCUCCACAUCUUCCAGUAGUAGCCCUCAAUACAACAUUGUGGAACAAAUGAUUCAGAUCCGGGAAGAUCACAUGCGUUUCAUCUCUGAACUGGCUCGCUAUAGCAACAGUGAGGUAGUAACAGGGUCAGGUCGACAAGAAUCUCAGAAAACUGAUGCUGAAUACCAGAAGCUGUCUGAACUUUCUUUACAGGGCAUGCAACUAUUGUCCCAAUGGAGUGCUCACGUUAUGGAAGUGUACUCUUGGAAACUUGUGCAUCCCACUGAUAAGUACUCUAAUAAAGACUGCCCAGAUAAUGCAGAAGAGUACGAGAGAGCAACUAGAUAUAAUUACACAAGUGAAGAGAAGUUUGCACUUGUUGAGGUUAUUGCCAUGAUAAAAGGAUUGCAGGUGCUGAUGGGCAGAAUGGAGAGUGUGUUUAAUCAUGCAAUUCGACAUACCAUUUAUGCUGCGCUCCAAAACUUUGCUCAGAAAACACUUCGUGAGCCUUUGCGUCAGGCUAUCAAGAAGAAGAAGAAUGUGAUUCAGAGUGUUCUGCAAGCAAUUAGAAAGACUAUUUGUGAUUGGGACGUCGGACAUGAGCCAACAAAUGAUCCUGCACUCCGAGGAGAGAAAGAUCCGAGAGGAGGCUUUGAGAUCAAAGUUACUCCCCGGGCAGUCGGACCAUCUAGUACCCAGCUCUACAUGGUUAGAACUAUGCUAGAGUCCCUCAUUGCUGACAAAAGUGGCGCAAAGAAAACCUUGAGAAGUAGUCUUGAGGGCCCCACCAUUUUGGCGAUAGAAGAAUUUCACCGGCAUUCAUUCUUCUACACGCAUUUGCUCAAUUUCAGUGAAACUCUUCAGCAUUGCUGUGAUCUGUCUCAGCUUUGGUUCAGAGAAUUCUUCCUUGAACUGACAAUGGGCAGAAGAAUCCAGUUUCCGAUUGAGAUGUCUAUGCCAUGGAUUUUGACUGAUCAUAUUUUGGAGACCAAAGAAGCCUCAAUGAUGGAGUAUGUAUUAUAUUCCUUGGACCUUUACAAUGACAGUGCCCAUUAUGCACUGACUAAAUUCAAGAAGCAGUUCCUUUAUGAUGAGAUUGAAGCAGAGGUAAACCUCUGCUUUGACCAAUUUGUAUAUAAAUUGGCUGAUCAAAUAUUUGCUUACUACAAGAUUCUGGCAGGAAGCCUCCUUCUGGACAAACGGCUGCGAGCAGAGUGUAAGAAUCAGGGAGCUAAUAUACCUACACCUCCAUCAAAUAGAUAUGAGACUUUAUUGAAACAAAGACAUGUACAGCUUCUUGGUAGGUCAAUAGACCUGAAUCGGCUGAUCACUCAAAGAAUUUCAGCAGCAAUGUACAAAUCGUUAGAAUUGGCAAUUACACGAUUUGAGAGUGAAGACAUCACUUCUAUUGUGGAACUUGAAGGUCUGUUAGAAGUCAACCGUAUGAGUCACAAGCUGCUAAGUAAAUACUUAACCCUGGACAGUUUUGAUGCCAUGUUCAGGGAAGCCAAUCACAAUGUAUCUGCACCAUAUGGAAGAAUAACUCUCCAUGUUUUCUGGGAGUUGAAUUAUGAUUUCCUUCCAAACUACUGCUACAAUGGUUCCACACAAAGGUUUGUGCGUACUGUGCUGCCCUUCUCUCAAGAGUUUCAAAGAGAUAAACAACCUAAUGCACAGCCUCAGUAUUUAUAUGGAACUAAGGCUCUGAACUUGGCAUACAGCAGCAUUUACAGCAACUACAAAAAUUUUGUGGGCCCUCCACAUUUUAGAGCGAUUUGUAAGCUUCUGGGCUAUCAAGGAAUUGCUGUGGUAAUGGAGGAACUGCUCAAAGUUGUUAAAAGCCUACUACAAGGAACCAUUUUGCAAUAUGUGAAGACUUUAAUGGAAGUGAUGCCUAAAAUCUGCCGUUUACCCAGACAUGAGUAUGGUUCACCAGGAAUUCUGGAAUUCUUCCAUCAUCAGCUGAAAGACAUUGUGGAAUAUGCGGAACUGAAGACUGUGUGUUUUCAAAAUUUACGAGAAGUUGGCAAUGCUGUUCUUUUCUGUCUUCUUAUUGAGCAGAGUCUGUCUCUGGAGGAAGUCUGUGACUUGCUACAUGCUGCACCAUUCCAGAAUAUUUUGCCAAGAAUCCAUGUCAAAGAGGGUGAGCGGCUAGACACAAAGAUGAAGAGACUGGAGGCUAAAUAUGCUGCACUUCAUCUUGUUCCACUGAUAGAACGACUUGGAACACCUCAGCAAGUUGCAAUUGCAAGAGAAGGGGAUCUGCUGACAAAGGAACGGCUCUGUUGUGGUCUCUCCAUGUUUGAAGUGAUUCUGACACGAAUCCGGCAGUUUCUGGAUGAUCCCAUAUGGCGUGGACCUCUUCCGACUAAUGGAGUAAUGCAUGUGGAUGAAUGUGUGGAAUUUCACAGGCUGUGGAGCGCCAUGCAGUUUGUGUACUGUAUUCCAGUGGGAGCACAUGAGUUCACUGUAGAGCAAUGCUUUGGAGAUGGACUGCACUGGGCUGGCUGUAUGAUCAUUACACUGCUUGGGCAGCAACGCCGAUUUGAUGUCCUUGACUUUUGUUAUCAUUUGCUCAAAGUUCAGAAGCAUGAUGGGAAAGAUGAUGUCCUCAAAAAUGUGCCUUUGAAGAAAAUGGUUGACAGAAUUCGCAAAUUCCAAAUUCUCAAUGAUGAGAUCUUUGCUAUCUUGAAUAAGUAUCUGAAGUCAGGUGAUAGUGAGAACGUACCUGUGGAGCACGUCCGCUGUUUCCAGCCACCUAUUCAUCAGUCGUUGGCAAGCUCAUGAGAAAAUUAUACUCUCGGAACAGUUCAAGAAUCCAGGGAUAUUUGUAAUUCUAAAAAUCAUAAUUUUACUGUUCUGAGUGCCUGCAUCAUAACUUAGCUGAUACACUGCAUUUUCAUGAUGGGAAAUGUUUGGUGGGUGAUUAUUUUUAAGAGGUCAAUGCAUGGUUUGAUGUGGUUGAGGGUUUUUACUGAUGUCACCAAACACUACCAGCAAUAAGUACCAGACAGAGGUUUAAAAUAAAACAAUAAAACUGGCUAUUUUUAGAAUAAAUUUAGUUGCAAAGAUUUCAUGAUAAAUUUAAUGUUAUCAGAUUGUGAUUUUUUUGUAAUGCCAUUGUUAUAAAAAGAUUAACAAUUUUGUUCAAAUCUAUAUAUUUUACUACACCUGCCUGCACUCAUAGUUUACUGGUGCUAUACUAAAAGAUGCCAUUUUUCUAUUCUAUUCCAAUAAUAUUUGCUCCUAUUUUUUUCUAGUAUAACUCAUUUACAGUAAACUUUUCCACAGUUUAUAGUUGCAAUAAACUUGAAAGUGAA